UAUAACAAACACACAGAAGGAAUUCAAAAGUCCUAAUCGGACUUUAACAGGCAGACAUGAGGAAAUACGCCUGGGACAGCUUCACAGAUUUAAUCUUUAGGAACCCUGCAGUUGUUGAACAGGACCCACAUGUUGGAGAUGAAAACGCUGAGCGUGGAAACUGGUCCAGAAAGAGGGACUACAUCCUCUCUAUGAUCGGAUACGCUGUUGGGCUGGGAAACAUCUGGAGGUUUCCUUAUUUGGCCUACAAGAAUGGAGGAGGUGCCUUCCUCAUCCCCUACUUCACCAUGCUGGUGGUGGCUGGAAUCCCUCUUUUCUUCCUUGAAAGUGCCUUUGGGCAGUUCUGCAGCCAAGGUCCAAUCAACGUCUGGAGAGCGGUGCCGCUGCUGCAGGGUGUUGGUGUUGGUAUGGUUAUGGUGACUCUAAUAGUGUCUAUCUAUUAUAACGUCAUCAUAGCCUACAGCCUGUAUUACAUGUUUGCCUCCAUGCAGUUCCCUCUGCCCUGGUCCAGUUGCCUCAGCUGGGCUGACGGCAACUGCAGUGACACACCUAUGGCAUAUUGUAACGUGAGUGGUGUUGUGAUGGCCAACUGGACUCAGGAUAACAAUACCUGCCCUUCGUCAAACAUCGUUACUGUGCCGGUGCAGAGCCCGAGUGAGCAGUACUGGGAUCAUGUAGCUCUGCAGAGAUCCAGCGGUCUGGAUGAAACAGGACCAGUAGUUUGGCACCUGGCUCUCUGUCUCUUGUUGAGCUCCAUCCUUGUUGCAGGAGCGUUGAUCAAAGGGAUCAAGUCAUCAGGAAAAGUGGUGUACUUCACAGCCACAUUUCCUUAUCUGGUGAUUUUGAUCCUGCUGAUCCGAGGUGUGACACUAGAGGGCGCUAAAGAUGGGAUCGAGUUCUACAUUGGCACCCAGUCCAAUCUGACAAAGCUGACUGAGGCUCAGGUGUGGAAAGACGCUGCCACUCAGACCUUCUAUUCUCUCUCUAUUGGCUGGGGCGGACUCAUGACUCUGGCUUCUUAUAACAACUUUCACAACAACGUGUUCAAGGACUCAUUUGUUGUAACACUUACUAAUGCUGGAACCAGUGUGCUAGCAGGCUUUGCCAUAUUUUCAAUAUUGGGUCACAUGGCUCAUGUGUACAAAAUGCCUGUUGGAGAAGUUGUAAAAGAAGGGUUUGGCCUGGCCUUCAUCGCCUAUCCAGGAGCUCUGUCCAAGCUUCCUAUUUCCCCGCUCUGGUCCAUCCUGUUCUUCUUCAUGCUGCUGACUGUCGGUCUGGACUCCCAGUUUGCAGGAAUAGAGGUUUUAACCACAUGCCUGCUUGAUGCAUUCCCUAAAACCUUCAAAACCAAACGAGCCUUGCUGACGAUAACAACAGGCUCCAUUCUUUACCUCCUGGGCCUGCCGUGUGUCACUAGGGCAGGGAUAUACUGGGUGACUCUUAUCGAUCAGUUCGUUGCAAGCUGGGUGCUGCUAUUUCUGGUCCUCUUGGAGAUCAUAGGUGUCUCCUACAUAUACGGAGGAAACCGUUUUAUUAAAGACAUUGAGAUGAUGCUUGGAAACAAGUCUUCUAUGUUCUGGUUGUGGUGGAGAGCUUGUUGGUUCUUUAUCAGCCCUUGCAUCAUACUGGUGAUCUUGGGAUGGUCUAUGGCAACCUUUGUCCCCCCCACCUAUGAAAAGGUAGAAUAUCCAGAUUGGGGCUUGGCUCUGGGCUGGUGUAUGGUUACUUUUGUCCUAAUCUGGAUUCCUGUUAUUGCUGUGUAUCAGCUGAUAAAAGUAAAGGGAAACCCCUGGAAGCGUCUGAAGUCACUCUGCUCUCCAUCUGAAGACUGGCAUCCUUACCUGGACCUCCAUCGAGGGCAGCGCUACUCACAGGAACGCUGCCACCGUAAGAAGAACCAUAAAAAUCUCCUAGAGGUUGAUAUAAAUGUGGUCUCUAGUUCAUGGCUCUGAGGAGCAUUUUAGUUUGUUUACGUGUUUAUUUUUUCUCUGCUUUAGAAUAAUACUCUGUUGGCUGUGACAAGUAGCACAGAGGGAGGUUGCAGUGGUGUUUGUAGAACAUGAGGAGAAGACUUAAUUGUCACCUGCUGAAUCAGAAUAGUUGGAUUGUGAAUAUAGUGUUAUGAGAAUGAUUUCUGCUGUCUAAUUAUUGAUACGAAAGAGUCAAAUAAAAAAAAGAAAUUUAAAA